UGGCGGUCGGAGGGUGCCUCGUGGAGGAGACGGCAUCAUGGGGCCGCGGAAGCGGUCCCGGCACCAGAAGCGCGCGCGCGCCCAGGCGCAGCUCCACAACCUCGAGGCCUAUGCCGCACAGCCUCACUCGUUCGUGUUCACUCGGGGACGCGCUGGACGUAGCGUCCGGCAGCUCAGCCUGGACGUGCGGAGAGUCAUGGAGCCACUCACCGCCACCCGCCUGCAGGUACGGAAGAAGAACUCGCUGAAGGACUGUGUUGCAGUGGCUGGGCCCCUUGGGGUCACACAUUUCCUGAUCCUGAGCAAAACAGAGACGAACAUCUACUUUAAGCUGAUGCGCCUCCCGGGAGGCCCCACCUUGACCUUCCGGAUCAACAAGUACGCACUGGUGCGUGAUGUGGUCUCCUCACUGCGCCGGCACCGCAUGCACGAGCAGCAGUUUGCCCACCCGCCCCUCCUCGUGCUCAACAGCUUCGGCACCCACGGCAUGCACGUGAAGCUCAUGGCUACCAUGUUCCAGAACCUGUUCCCUUCCAUCAAUGUGCACAAGGUAAACCUGAACACCAUCAAGCGCUGCCUCCUUAUCAACUACAAUCCUGAUUCUCAGGAACUGGAUUUCCGCCAUUAUAGCAUCAAAGUCGUUCCUGUGGGUGCAAGUCGGGGGAUGAAGAAGCUUCUGCAGGAGAAGUUCCCCAACAUGAGCCGUCUGCAGGAUAUCAGCGAGCUGCUGGCCACGGGCGCGGGGCUGUCAGACAGCGAGGCAGAGCCUGAUGGUGAGCACAACAUUACAGAGCUGCCCCAGGCCAUCGCCGGGCGUGGCAACAUGCGGGCCCAGCAGAGCGCUGUGCGUCUCACAGAGAUUGGUCCUCGGAUGACGCUGCAGCUUAUCAAGAUCCAGGAGGGUGUCGGGGAGGGGAAUGUGCUUUUCCACAGUUUCGUGCACAAGUCAGAGGAGGAGCUGCAGACCAUCUUGGCGGCCAAGGAGGAGAGGCUGCGGCUGAAGGCCCAGAGGCAGGACCAGCAGGCCCACAAUGUGCAGCGCAAACGGGAGCAGCGAGAGGCCCACAAGAAGAAGAGCCUGGCGGGCAUGAAGAGGGUGCAGGCAGAGGCCGAUGGGGACAGUGAUGCCGAGGACCCAGGGGCCCCACCAGAGGCAGAACCUGAGAGGGAGGAGGAUGAAGCUGAGUAUUUCCGCCAGGCUGUGGGCGAGGAGCCUGACGAGGACAUGUUCCCUGGGCUGACGAGGCGGAGACAGCCCACCAGGCCUCCACGCAAGAAGCAGCGGGUAAAGGAUCGGAGGCCAGACCGAGACAAGGAUUGGAGGCUUCCAAAGCCCAAAGGCGGGUCCCGCAGAGCCCAGACCAAGCUGGGGCCCAGAGGGGCUGCUCAGGGCCGGGCUCGGCUGCCUAAGACAGCGAGGAACUGGGGACAGCGAGGGGAGCAGACUGAGCGGGUACACACCAUGGCAGCCAGCACAGGUGCCCCGCUCUGCCCAGACAACUUCUCAGCAGCUGCAGAACAGGUCCUCAGCAGUGUCCAAGAGAACUUCCUGUGGCCCGUGUUGGUGGUUGAGUUUUUGGUGGCCGUAACAGGGAACGGUCUGGCCCUGUACCGUUUCAGCAUACAGGAGCAGCGCCCCUGGCACCCGGCGGUGGUCUUCUCGGCCCAGCUGGCCAUCAGUGACCUGCUGCACGCCCUUACUCUGCCCCCGCUAGCUGCCUACCUUUACCCACCCAAGCACUGGCAUUACGGGGAGGUCGCGUGCCGCCUGGAGCGCUUCCUCUUUAUCUGCAACAUGCAGGGCAGCAUUAUCUUCAUCACCUGCAUCAGCCUCAACCGCUACCUAGGGGUUGUCCACCCGUUCUUCACUCGCAGUCACCUGCGACCCAAGCAUGCCUGGGCCAUCAGUGCCACUGGCUGGGCCCUGGCAGCCCUGCUUGCUGCACCCACGCUCAGCUUCUCCCGCCUGAAGGGAAAUUACACUAAGGACGGGCUGGAGAACUAUGUCAAGUGCCUGGGGACAGCAGAGGACAAUCGGCUGGAGGCCUACAGGGCCUACAGCCUGGUGCUGGCAGGCCUGGGCUGUGGCCUGCCACUGAUGCUCACUCUGGCAGCCUACGGCGCCCUGGGCCGGGCUCUGCUGCACAGCCACGGCAUGAAAGUGGCCGAGAAGCUGCAGGUGGCAGUGCUGGUGGCCAGUGGUGUGGUCCUCUAUGCCAGCUCCUACGUGCCCUACCAUGUCAUGCGCGUACUCAAUGUGUACGCCCGGCAGCGCUGGAACGCCCAAUGCCCGAACUUUGCAAAUGAGGACGAGGCAAAGGCAGCACUGGACCAGGGGGCCUACAUGGGCUACCAGCUCAUGAGGGGCCUCAUGCCCCUGGCCAUCUGCAUCCACCCACUGCUCUACAUGGCCGUGGUGCCCAGCCUGGGCUGCUGCUGCCAACACCGCCCUGGCUGCAGAGGGUACAAGGACCCAGGGGUCCCCCAGAGCUCCAGCCAAGCCCUGCCACUCGAUGUCACAGCUACUACCCCCAAGACCUCGGAGCCCUGGUCCUCUGAGCCAACCCCAUGACAUGGCCUAUCUCGAGCCGCCUUCUCACUGCAAGGCGCUGGGACUCGGCAGCUGAAAGGACUGAGAGCACAGGAGGCCCUGAGCUGCCACCUCCCCCAAAGGCCUGUGGUUAGGCAGGUGGGACUGGCUAGAACGGAGGCCACAGCAGCUG